GUAAAAGAGAUCGGGAAUUCAGCAACUGACGUCGUAUGAUUCGUAUCUCCCCUCGCCUUGACUUUUGGUUGAGUCUUCGUUUUUCUGGUUCCUCUUCUUCUAUGUACCAUUUUCUGCUACUACUACGCUGAAAGAACCCUCUGCACUUAGAUCUUUCUCCUCGCAUAAUCGAUCUCAGACGUUAACCUAUUUCACAUUGUUUAUUCUGAUCAAACCACGACCCAAAGUUCAGCUCUUGUUUUGAUUCCUUCUUAAUACUGAGUGGUAUCAAAUGGCGCGGAGCAGAUCACUGUCGAGUAAGUGGAAGUACGUAAAUCCGGCGUACUAUCUCAAACGGCCGAAGCGUUUGGCUUUGCUCUUCAUAGUCUUCGCGUGUUGCUCAUUCUUCUUUUGGGAUCGCCAAACUUUAGUUCGCGAGCACGAGGCGGAGAUCUCCAAGUUGAAUGAUGAAGUAAACCGGUUGCAAAAUUUGGUUGGGGAACUAAAGAGUGGUCGAGUAGUUCCCGAUGAAAAGCUGAAUUUUGGUGUCAAAAGUGAUGAUACAACUAAGAAAAAAGAGGUAUUAGAUGAUUCCCUUGAUUCUCAGAGAAGAGAGAAAGUAAAAGAUGCAAUGCGGCAUGCCUGGAGUUCUUAUGAAAAGUAUGCAUGGGGUCAAGAUGAGCUUCAGCCUCAAUCAAAGAGCGGGGUUAACAGCUUUGGUGGCCUUGGUGCAACUUUAAUAGAUUCUCUUGAUACACUUUAUAUCAUGGGACUGAAUGAGGAAUUUCAAAAGGCCAGGGAGUGGGUUGCAAGCUCCUUGGAUUUUAACAAGAACUAUGACGCUAGUGUUUUUGAGACAACCAUAAGAGUUGUAGGUGGACUUCUUAGUAUAUAUGACCUCUCAGGGGAUAAACUUUUCCUAGAGAAGGCUCAAGACAUUGCUGACAGACUAUUGCCUGCAUGGAACACCCCUACCGGAAUCCCUUAUAACGUAAUCAACUUGGCCAAUGGGAAUCCACACAACCCUGGAUGGGCAGGGGGUGAUAGUAUUCUGGCAGAUUCCGGUACUGAGCAGCUUGAAUUUAUUGCUCUUUCUCAAAGGACAGGAGACCCCAAGUAUCAGCAAAAGGUGGAGAAUGUUAUUCUUGAGUUGAAUAAAACUUUUCCUGAUGAUGGGUUGCUUCCAAUCUACAUAAAUCCACAUACUGGGUCCAAAUCAUAUUCAACCAUUACAUUCGGGGCCAUGGGGGACAGCUUUUAUGAAUACUUGCUCAAGGUUUGGGUUCAAGGAAAUAAAACGGAAGCUGUAAGGCAUUACAGAAAAAUGUGGGAGACUUCAAUGAAUGGCCUUCUUAGCUUAGUUCGAAGGACUACUCCUUCAUCUUUUACAUAUCUGCGUGAGAAGAUUGGAAGCUCUUUUACUGACAAGAUGGAUGAACUUGCAUGCUUUGCUCCAGGCAUGCUAGCCUUAGGGGCUUCUGGUUAUGGUCCCACAGAAUCACAGAAGUUCUUGUCUCUGGCAGAAGAGCUUGCUUGGACUUGCUAUAACUUCUACCAGUCAACACCUACAAAAUUGGCCGGAGAGAACUACUUUUUUCAUGAUGGGCAGGAUAUGAGUGUGGGGACAUCAUGGAACAUACUGAGGCCUGAGACGGUUGAAUCACUGUUUUAUCUUUGGCGUUUAACUGGGAACAAGACUUAUCAAGAAUGGGGUUGGAACAUAUUUCAAGCAUUUGAAAGGAACUCUCGCGUAGAGGGUGGAUAUGUAGGAUUAAAAGAUGUUAACACCGGCGUCAAAGACAACAUGAUGCAAAGCUUCUUCCUCGCGGAGACACUUAAAUACCUUUAUCUUCUUUUUUCUCCGCCUUCUGUGAUUCCUCUUGACCAGUGGGUUUUCAACACAGAAGCCCACCCUCUUAAAAUUGUUUCCAGGUAUGAUGACCAAACAGUGACUUCUGGACAUCACAUACCACAACGCAAGUCGCGUAGCAGGAGAGAAGGGCAGUUUGUCAAUUAGUAAUUCAGUAGAUAUACGGAACUCCACAUUGAUCUUUUCACAAACCAUAGAUCUAAUCGCUUUGUUGUAUACGAAGAAAACGUUUGAUGAACCAAAGGAAAUCAUGUGAAAAAUAAUGCUAACCUCCACUUUCCAGAUUGGUGGCAGUGUACUGAAAUUCUAUUUAGGUUGCCAUUUGGUUAUUUAUUAAUUCUACAUUUCUACCAUGGAAGGAAGCUGAGGUUUAUGUUAACAUCAGAGACAGAAUGUAGGCUUAUUCAACAUUGCGUUAUUGAAAUUUUUGUGUUUUUUCUUUUGUUGUUGGGGUU